CGCCUCUGCUCCCAGAAGGCCGCGGGGGGUGACCUGCCUAAGAGGGCGUGCGCUCCCGACAUGCCCCGCGGCGCGCCAUUAACCGCCAGAUUUGAAUCGCGGGACCCGUUGGCAGAGGUGGCGGCGGCGGCAUGGGUGCCCCGACGUUGCCCUCUGCCUGGCAGCCCUUUCUCAGGGACCACCGCAUCUCUACAUUCAAGAACUGGCCCUUCUUGGAGGGCUGCGCCUGCACCCCGGAGCGGAUGGCCGAGGCUGGCUUCAUCCACUGCCCCACUGAGAACGAGCCAGACUUGGCGCAGUGUUUCUUCUGCUUCAAGGAGCUGGAAGGCUGGGAGCCAGAUGACGACCCCAUAGAGGAACAUAAAAAGCAUUCAUCCGGUUGUGCUUUCCUUUCUGUCAAGAAGCAGUUUGAAGAAUUAACCCUCGGUGAAUUUUUGAAACUGGACAGAGAAAGAGCCAAGAACAAAAUUGCAAAGGAAACCAACAAUAAGAAGAAAGAAUUUGAGGAAACUGCGAAGAAAGUGCGCUGUGCCAUCGAGCAGCUAGCUGCCAUGGACUGAGGCCUCUGGCUGGAGCUGCCUGGUCCCAGAGUGGUUGCGCCACUUCCAGGGUUUAUUCCCUGGUGCCACCAGCCUUCCUGUGGGACCCUUAGCAAUGCCUUGGGAAAGGAGAAGAUCAAUAUUUUCCAAUUAGAUAUUUCAGCUGUAUCUUGUUUUGUCUUGAAAGUGGCACCAGAGGUGCUUCUACCUGUGCAGCGGGUGCUGCUGAUAACAGUGACUGCCUUUCUCUUUUUUUUUUUUUUUGGCUCAUUUUUGUCUUCUUGAUUCCCGGACUUACCAGGUGAGAAGUAGGGGAGGAAGAAGGCGGUGUCCCUUUUGCUAGAGCUGACGGCUUUGUUCACGUGGGCAGAGCCUUCCACAGUGAAUGUGUCUGGACCUCAUGUUGUUGAGGCUGUCACACAGUCCUGAGUGUGGACUUGGCAGGUGCCUGUUGAAUCUGAGCUGCAGGUUUCUCAUCUGUCACACCUGUGCUGCCUCAGAGGCCACUUUUUUUUUUUUUUUUUUGGUAGAUGCAUGACUUGUGUGUGAUGAGGAGGGGAAUGGAGACAGUCUCCGGCUCCUCUACUGUUUCACAAUGUGUCUUUCUUAUUUUGUUUGAAUUAAUUCACAGAAUAGCACAAACUACAAUUAAAACUAAGCACAAA